CCCUCCCGAGCUAGCAUCCGGGUUUUUUCCCUUCAAUUCCUAGCAACACUUCUUGGAUACGAGCAGGAGGGAACAAUAACAACAACAUGGAACCUCCAGCGAGGGAGGUGGCACGUCCUCAAUUGCCAGCAGAUGAGGAUGCGAGUCAGUGUGUUGGACAAACAUCCUUAAAUCAACUGGGAGCUCAAAGUCAUAGACGUGCCAGUCAGGACCAGAGGCAGCCCAGGCUGGAAACAGAUGGGUGGGAGCUUCAGCAGCGAUGGGGGUGCUCUCUACAGCCAGAGCUCCAGGACAGUAACCUGUCUCCAGCCCUUUCACUGUUGCCUUCAAACUCUGGAGUGGAAAACAACUUCACUGAAUAUUCUUUAUUCCAACAAAGUGACAACGAAUUUGCCCCUUUAAGGGCGUUCCCUGACAUUUCCAUGGCAUCAGAGAGAGUUCACAUUCCACCCCAGGAUCGCACUUCUCGGGCCUCUGAGUGUGGUUCGCUGUCCCAGCACCCUUUGGCCCAGGCGACCAUCCUGUCUGAAGGAGCGAGCAGCUGCUGCUCUCUUUCCCAGCACAGUUUGUCACUAAUAAACGAAGGCAGACGAGAGGAAACUGUUCACUCCCCACGGACUACCACCACUGACAGUCGGGGAGUACCAUCCAGAGAUGAUGCCAGUAGCAGAGAGAAGAACUUUGAGACGCUAACUGACCCUCCAGAUAAGCUCGUAGGAGAGGCUGUUGAAGAUGAGACAUUCUUUCUGAGUAAGGAUAUUCCUGCCCAGCAUCUUCUGGAACUCCUUCAGAAAGAUAUUGGCAUGCCAAGCAGCAGCAGUAGUGCUGUUUCCUCCACCUCAGAGACCUCUGUGAAGGCCGCUGCAUCGUAUGCCCAAGAAUCUAAAAGCACUAAAGUUUGUAAACCAGCCACUGACCAAAGCAUGGUUAGAAGGGAAGGUCCUCCGGGUGAAGCUUCUCUUCCCCAGCAGCAGACACAACAACCCGACAGAGAUUUACACCGUGACCAAUCAGGAACAUUGUCGUCUGAGGUCUGUAACAUCACUACGGGGUCCCGCAGCACUAAACCUGAUGACAGCAGUGACGUGUUACACAGAGAGCUGCUAUCUGAGGUAGAGAGGUGCAGCAGCCGUGAAGCUGGAUCUAAAAACAAACAGCGGGAAAGUCCUACAUCACACGGUCAGCCUCUCACGUCAUAUCCCACAGGGACGUCUGAAGGCCAGCAGACUGGGACCAGAACAAAUUUUGGUGGUCUCCAAUGGACCGGAGCAUUUUCAGCAGGAGUCGAACGGGGUCACAGAGAGCAAGAGCUCUGGUACACAGGGAACCAAACAGGGAUCGAUGGGUCCUACCUGGGUUUCCUUCCACAGUCUCAGUCCACUCCGGGAGUUUUUAAAGCUCCACCCAAAUCUAGUGUCAAGGCUAAAUUAGGGCAACUCUCUGCCAUAGAAUCUAAUAAAGAUAACUCUUAUCAGUCGAACACAGGGAUCUCUCCACAGCCAGAUGUUCCUACGGCUGAUGUCCAUCGCCCACACAAAGCAAAUCAGAGCCAAGAGGGAGCUACCUCGACAAAAGUCCAGUCUCUCCCAAGUCUCAACUAUAUGCAGAAAGUAGACGCUUGGAGAGCAAAUCAGAGUUCAGGCAAGACGUCACUAUUUGAUAGCUUGGCACGACAAGGAAAGAAAGCUCCCGAUGCAGUAUCGGACCCCCUGAAUGACAUCUUGAUUCAGCAGGUGAGUGCUGUCAAUCAGAACGUCACACAGAGCUCCUCCACAGCUCCCUCUGGCUCUCCUACAAGAAGAGGGGAGGCGGUGGGCAGUGCUCCAAGUGACAAAGAUAACACCGGGUCUGCAACAAGACCCUCUGCCUCACCCUUUGGCAGGUCACAGUCCCAAUCCUCUCUUAGCACCAUUGUCAUGUCGGUCCAGAAAGAUCAGCGGAAAAACAGACCUGCAGAAGAAGAGAACAGUCAGAUUCAGGAUGGUGUCCAUCGUCAGCCAAAAGCCACAGGUCAACCUUCGCCUCGCAUGAGCCUCGGUCAUUUCAGUGACGUGUCAGAUUUGACACUCUCGAGUUCCCAAGAUAGUUACAACAGUGGAAUUAAAUUGGGAACUUCCAUCGGAGCGUCUUCUGUUGUCAGCCUGGAGGUGGAUAACUACGCGCCGUACUGGACUACGCCACCACCUCUGCCCAGACCGCCAGAGCUCAACAUUGAAGACCGAAUUCCGUUGUAUCUGCGUAACCUGGGUAUUGACCAAUCUCCUGCAACAAUUUUAACUCCAUUUGCACCGAGAGGGCCAAUCAGAGAGCCUGAAUUCUCUCCCACUGAUCUCUGUACAACUCAGGGAUCAGUUGGAACACCAACCAAGAGCACCCAAACCUCUGAAGGUGGCAGUCCCCAUAAAGGACAGUUUUCAAGGUCCAGCAUUCUGUCAGUGGACUCCAGUAUAUCCAUACCGUUGAGCCUGGACAGUCUUGGUCCAGGUGUAUCUGUCCCACACUGGACCAGGCGGGCUUCUCCUUCUUCAGAUAUAGAAGCUAUUCAGAGUGAAAGCAGACUGCCACCCUCCUCCCUGCCUGACGAAGACUCUUAUCCUCCCACCCAGCAACAGCACAUGGACAGCAGCCGGAAUACCAUCCAGCUGGGAGACAGGUUUGACUCGGAGUCUCUCUUGCAAUCAAGCCAUAAUUUGGAGCAAAAUGCUGAACUUUCUAUGACUAGCUCCACGGCCUUGUUGGAGAUCCGUAAACUCCUCUCUCAGGCGGAGAACGCGUUAUCUGCUGGGUCUUCUGAGGCUUCCUCAGCCUCCCCUGCGAGGCCCCGUCUGCUCUCUGAUGAUGACAUCUUCCUCUCACUGAGGAAGAAGACCAGCGGGCUCCAGGACUCCUCCUCCUCUGCCACUGAGGACCCCAGACCUCACCCCUCUCUACUGUGGGCCAGGUCCUUGUCCGACUCCGUGCUGACCUCAGAGAAACUGAGAGAAGGCUCCAUUGGUCGAGAGAGUAUGGCUUCAUUGGGGCAACCUAAUAAUUCAUCCACACAAGCUCCUCCGACUGCACCGGCAGUAGGUGCAUACAGAAGACCACACGAUGUCACUGUUGGUAGAGGUUCAGAGCCGUCCGUUGUCCUCUCCCAAUCAGCCCGGCGGGCGGAGCCCGAGGGCUGCAGUGCUGCUCCCCCUCACAACACAGUCCCACCUCAGCCACCAGUCGUCACGACUCCACCAGGUUUGAGCACACCACAGCUGACAUCUACUCCUGCAGACACAGAGGAGGGAAAACAGACUUCUCUGGAAGGUCCUGUACAGAGCAGCCCCUCCUCGCCCACCUUCGAGGACACUGAUCAGGGCGUGAUGAGUGAUGGGAGCAGUAAGAGCUCGCUGGCAGUCAGAGUGGCCAAGUUACUGCAGAGUGAAUCUCCAGCUACGAUGGUGUCCAGUACACCCAGCGUCACUGACCAGGAGGAGAGCAAAGCCAGAGAGUGGAUUAAGCUGAAGAUAUCAGGACAGCAGUGUGAGACUCUGGAGUUGGACAAAGAAGACAGAACGAGGAUUGAAGAGAUCAAGAGAGAGCUGCUGCUAAAACACCCCAUGAAGAGUCUGUGGAGCACAGAUACAGAGAGCAGUGCAGCGUCCAGUGUGAGAGGCCGACAGGGGCAGGAUCCACCUCAGCAAGCGGAGACACUCGCUCCUCUGGAUGACGGUGUGCAGCUUCAAAACCCUCUUCGCCCGGAUCUAGAGGCUCAGAUACGUGAGAUCGCAGCCAGAGAAGGGGUAAUCCUCACUAGGACAAACCCUCAGCCUCUCACAUCUAUCACCAUCGCCACCCGCAGGCGCUCCACCUCCGCCUCUCCAUCUACGUCACCUGCGUCUCCCCUCAGUCCAGCGCCAGAGCCGCUCCACCUGGCCGAGCUCUCCACCGGAGCUGUGGAACACCCUAAAGUUAACAGGGUGCUUCUACUGUCCACGGAUGAAGAAGAUGAGGCAGCCAGGGAGCCGGUCUUUGAACCAAGCAGUAGCCUGACUCCUCUGUCAGCACCAGGGAAUCAGAAGAGACAAGACACUGUGGGAGGCCAGUUGGAAGACCCUCCCCCACCCUCACUGGUUUUAGGUAGAAAGGACGUGAACGCUGAAGAGCACAACACGCAGUCUUUCAGGCGAGAUGACGAGUUAUUCGUCCAGAGCAGCUCUGUUUCUAGUGUUAGUCAUGAAGCUGAACAGGCCACAGGUUCAUCCACAUCUGAACCCGCAGCCGGGACAGGUCACGUCUCACAUGUCCAUCUCACUCUGUCCUCCAAAGCCACUGAUCACACCUCAGCCACCGCUGUCCACUCCAGUCACGUUGACGCCGUUGCAGAGCUGCCGCGUAAAGGAUUCGUCCCCCUCAGACACUCGUCUUCUGCUGCCAGCAGUCCGGACGAAGGUGUCGGUUUGUCCAGUCCACCAGAGUGGUACGACACCAGAGAGCCAGUAAGACAGCGGGUGCCUGAAAGAGCCGAGACGUCCACCUUGUUCAAAACCGCUGUUCCUCAGGGACGGAUGACCUCCACACCUACACAAUGCUUUACACCAUGUCACAGAGUCGUUGUGUCACCGAGACCUUUCACUGCUGAAACACCAGCAGUGCCUGUUCUGUUACCUUAUAAGCCGCGUGGAAGUGAGGAGCUUUUCUACGUCCCUCAAACAGAAGCUGACGUCUCCUCCACCGGCCCUUCUGACACCACCAUGGAGAGCUCUCACACGGGCUCAGACGACGCCGUGCCCCCCCGCUUCAGCAGCGAGGUCCUUGGACACAGAGACGCUGGGUUGGACCGCGGAGUCACCAUCAGACACUCUGAGGGCAUCUACAGCAAGAGGCUGAAAACAGCCACCGGCAGGAUGCACGAGCCGGGACACCGAGGUGAGCCGAAGACACAGGACGCAUACUCAUCAAGUUCUAUUGUGUUACAUGCAUCCGUAACACAAGCAUCAUCAAGUUCUAUUGUGUUACAUGCAUCCGUGAAACAAGCAUCAUCAAGUUCUAUUGUGUUACAUAGACAACGUUAA